AUGACAACGCCCAAGACGCUUCCUACCCAGGACGCAGCAAACGGUGACUGCAUGAAGCUGUCAGUGUUGCUGCUGCUGGCCCUGCCCGCUCUCUCCUCAGCUUUCAGUCCUCUGGACACCCGGAAUAACACAGAGCAGAGAAAUGUGUCAUUCAUGAACUCAGAUCAACCUCACCUGACUGGUACUAAGUUGAGGCAGAAGAGGCAGAUUCAGUCUUCGGUCUUUGCCAAUGGCUCGAACCUGAAGUGGGUGACCUGGAACAACUCUGUCCCAAACAAUUCUGUUUCAAUUUACAAUAGUAAUUUCCAACGCACAGAUUACAUCUGCAAACACAAAUGUGGGGCUGGCUUUUAUACCCCCGGCGAGGGUCCUCAUUGCUACUAUGCUUCUGCAGAGAAGGCAUCUUAUGGUUCUCCGUUUGCGCUCCUGGUGAAUCAAAACAACUUUGAGAUCCUAGAGUGGAAGAAGGAUUCAGGAGGUUCAGUGCCAAAGAGUUCAGUCAAAACCUGCCCUGGAGGGGACAUUUACGUAGGAAAAAGCAAAUAUGGACUUGGAAACGUUGCUACUAAAGCUAAGAGCUUCUACCUGCCUUGGGAAGGUCAAGUAUAUACGUAUGAAAAAUACGAGGUACUGACCAUCACUGAGGAUAUAAACAGCCAGGAGAUCUACGACGUGAAAUACCACAAGGACAAGUCUAAAAUGGUCAACUAUCCUCCAGAGAUCAUUGGGAAAACAUCCAUCACUAACAAGGAAAGCAGAUCAGUGGUAAAAAAGGAUACCUUCUCAAAGACAUAUCAGACUCAAAGAAGGUGGGAUCACGAAAUCUCUGUUAAACUUGGAACUAAAACGACUGUUAAAGCCGGCAUACCUUUCUUUGUUGAUGGACAAAUUGAGAUCAGCAUUGAAGUGGCAUACCGGCACAACUGGGGAACAACGGAGACAGAAACCGUCACCAAUACUAUUAAUCUGGAGAUCACAGCCCCGCCAAACCAUUCCUGCAUUGUGAACAUCGUGCGCUAUAAGAACAAAGUUGACAUCCCUUUCACAGCACUCAUCAGACGCACCUAUGCUAACGGAGAGAUCCACAUAACGUCCAUCACUGGGACGUAUAACAGCGUUGAUGUUGCUGAAGUGCGGGCAGUGGUCGAGCGAUGUGAACCUUUAGACAAUUCCAAGUCCUCUGCACAUACCAUAUCUGCAGGUUUGAUGCAUUUUGUUCUGCUUUUGAUUAUAUCAAGUUUGUUUUCUGGUUGAAUUUCUAAUACGCUUAUUGUACCCUUCUGAAAUAAGCCAAACUAAUAGUAUACGGAAUAGCAACAUAAUUUCCUGGAGAUGUGGAGAUGUAAAGUUUUAAAGCAGAGAUAGUUAAAUUGACGGCAGCUGGAAACCUGAGUCUCACACACCUUCAAUCACGCACACACACAUACACACACACAUACACACACACACACACA